AUGGAUAACGAAACUAUUUCCAUCCUUCAAUCGUUCCGUCGCCCAUUGCCAGACGUUGAAACUGCGGACGUAUCGUACAGACAUGUCACUAGUGCCGCACCGUCCAACCCGGCACAGGAUGCCAUUCCUCUGCUUCAACGAGAAAGCAACGAAGAGUUGUUGGGCCUCGCGGCACAGGCCCUUCAGACUCAGUCCAAACAACCGGCCUUACAACAAAAUAUGCCCUUACACGAAGCCUCUCAUUACCUGGGAACAGAGGGGGAUAUACUACGGAUCUCAGCUUUGCAACUUAUUCAUCCCAUCAAUGCUGUUCUAUCCCUUCUGAUUCCCAACGGAGCUAAACUGCUAUGCCGGGCUGAAGUAACGUCGCCAGACCAAACUCCACGUACAAACCUCAAGUGGAUUUACAUUGACCCAAGUGGACAAGACCAAGUGGUGGCGAUUUUGGAAUACAAAAAUACAGGAGUAAUCCACUUCGAGAAUUGGGCGGGUGCAAUCACCCUUCCUGAGAACGCCGUCGAACGCCUUUUGAACGCCAAAGAGCAAAUCAAUUCGACAUUCCUUGUGGGAAACGCGAUAAUUCUCUCCAAGCAACUUGUGAAUUACGAGAGCGUUUGUAGUGAUAUUGCACUAUUUGAUUGGAACAACAUGAUGGUGUUCGACUUUGCGGAGACAAAUGAAGAUCUCCUUGUCCCCAAGUUUACUUCUGUUGUUUUUGAAUCAGACCCCCUUCACUUCCGGUCAUUGCUCCUUGGAAUGAUUGUGCGCAGCCUCAAAAGGCGUGGGAUCAUCUAA